AUGGUUUCCAAUCUCGAUGGCGGCGACCAGGAGUGUGUGGCUUUGAGUCCCUUGUGGAACAAGCUGGUGGACGCCGUGGCGCGCGACGUGGCGUGGCUCCACGCCACGCUGGAGCCGGCCGCCUCGGCGGAUCCCUUCACCGGGCGAUUGCUGCAGAUGUCCAAGGAGAUCUACCGCGAGGGUUUGAAGCAGCCCAUCAUGUUGGGCAUUCAUCGCUCCGAUUACAUGUUGCACGAGGGCUCCGAAAAUUCGGAGCCACGGUUUCUGCAAGUGGAGCUGAAUACCAUUGCCUCAUCCAUGGGAGCGCAUGCCCUGAACGUAGGCAAGUUGCACCGUUUCCUCCUCUCCCGUUUCGGCGGCGACGGCGACCGCGUGGCGCAGGCGCUGCAGAGCCACUUCGGCCUGGCCCCCAGCAGCGGCUGGUCGCAGCGGGACGUGCAACGGCACCUGCCGGAGAACGUCACGUUGCAGGCGAUCCCCGCGGCUUUGGCCAAGGCGCACCAGGCCUAUGGUGUGAAAGACGCCAAGGUGGUCUUUGUGGUCAACGAGGAUCUCAGGAACUUUGCCGACUGGUGUCAGUUGGAGUACGCCUUGUGGCAGACCCACGGCGUGCGCGUGGUGCAACGGACCCUGGCGCAGCUGAAGCAGCAGGCCACGAUGGAACAAGAUGGGACCCUUCGCCUGGACGGUAGCGAGGUGUCAGUGGUCUACUAUCGCGCAGGCUAUGGACCCGAGGACUACCCCACUGAGGUGCAGUGGGAUGCACGAGGCAUGCUGGAACGCUCCAAGGCCAUCAAGUGCCCUUCCGUGGAUUACCAGCUUGUGGGCGCCAAGAAGGUGCAGCAGGCCCUUGCCAGACCCGGAGCCGUGGAAAGAUUCCUCAGCUCCCGCGACAGCAGCAAGUUGCGCAGCUGUUUCGCCGGCCUCUGGGGCCUCGGUCCUCAAGAGGACGAUGAAGAGAUCAUCCGGACGGCCAUGGCCAGUCCGGAGCACUACGUCUUGAAGCCGCAGCGCGAGGGCGGCGGCCACAACUUCUAUGGUUCUGAUGUGGCCAAGAAGCUCAAGGAGCUGUCGCGAGAGGAUCGUGGCGCCUACAUCUUGAUGCAACGCAUCAUGCCUGGCUUGCAGCCUUCGGUCAUGACACGCCAAGGGCAACUGAAGGUGAUGAAUUGUUUGUCCGAGUUUGGCUUCUACUCCGUUUAUGUUGGGGAUGGAAGGAGAGUCUACUUCUCACGGCAUGCUGGACAUUUGGUGCGCACCAAAGCGCAAGGUGUCGAUGAGGGCGGUGUAGCUGCAGGUUAUGCGGUGAUCAGCAGGGCGCCCCGGCGCGCCAGCCGGGCCGCGGCCAGCAUGGCAAUGGCGCGGAUGGACACAGAGCGGCAAGAUGAGUCCUUAGACUUCCUUUCAGGAACCGUGCAGAAUCUGAAGAGGUUUGGUGGGGCCAUCUCUGAGGAACUUGAUAUUCAUAGCAAACUGCUGGGCGAAAUGGAGGACCAAACAGACGACUCCCGAGGUAGGAUAAAGCAACAACAGAAGAAGUUGGACGAGUUGAGUUCGGAGUCCACAAUGUGUGCGCUUUGGACCUGCAUUUGGGUCAUGGUCGUGGCUAUUUUCGUGCUUCUGGUUUUCUUCUGA